CCGGAUGUAGCUGCGCCAAGUUGCGCGCCGCUUUCCGCUCGGCUGUUUCCGGUUUUACGGUCCGAGCAGAAGCAGGGCGGAACCGCUGGUCCAAGUGUAGCUCGGCAGUGUGUGGCAGGUUCGGUGGACUGGCACCGGCUGGACUCACCUGGACUUCCGGCGGUGGGGGGGACAUGGCCAAGACCUACGACUACCUGUUCAAGCUGCUGCUGAUCGGGGACAGCGGCGUCGGGAAGACGUGUCUGCUGUUCCGGUUCAGCGAGGACGCCUUCAACACCACCUUCAUCUCCACCAUCGGAAUCGACUUUAAAAUCCGGACGGUUGAACUCGACGGGAAGAAAAUUAAACUUCAGAUCUGGGACACGGCAGGUCAGGAGCGAUUCAGGACCAUCACAACAGCCUAUUACAGAGGAGCAAUGGGCAUCAUGCUGGUGUAUGACAUCACCAACGAGAAAUCCUUUGACAACAUUAAAAACUGGAUACGCAACAUCGAGGAGCACGCGUCAGCGGACGUGGAGAAGAUGAUUCUGGGAAACAAGUGCGACAUGGACGACAAAAGACAAGUGACCAAGGAGAGAGGAGAGAAGCUCGCCAUCGACUAUGGAAUCAAGUUCUUGGAGACGAGUGCCAAGUCCAGCAUCAACGUGGAGGAGGGAUUCGUCACACUCGCCAGAGACAUCAUGACACGACUCAACAGGAAGAUGCAGAUCGACAGCAGCCCAGCAGCUGGAGGUGGGCCCGUCAAGAUCACUGCGUGUCGCUCCAAAAAGAGCCUGUUCAAGUGCUCUGUGCUGUAGGCGGAGCCUCCACCUGUGCUGUAGGCGGAGCCUCCACUGGUGGACCUGCCCAGCUCAUGGAGGUGAGGAGGAGGAGCACCACCUCCACUGCCUCAGGUGUAGAACUGUUCCAGAGGUCUCAGGAAUCUGCUCGAACCUGAGGUCCAGCUGACCCAGCUCCUCCUGCACAGUCUGGAUUCUGGAUCAAAUCCUGACCCAGGUUCUCCUCAGAUCCAAACCGGAAUGAACUGCAGGAAAUUUCCAGAAAAUAUCAAAACGUUGUCUUCAAUCAGCUCAGAUGUUGGAGAGAAAACUCUUCUUCUCCAGCAGACGAGUGGAAGGAGGUCAGCACUGUUAUUUCCCACAUCACCUGAACGCCUCAUGGGUCCUGUGACCUGCAGAGCAGCACCUUCAACUAAAAACAUCAGGUUUGGUGUUUGAAGCUUUUAACGUUACAGAUGAAGAGAUUUUAACAUUUAUCUGAGACAGAACUGUCGCUCUGCUUUACCUGUCGCUCUGCUCCACCUGUCGCUCUGCUCCACCUGUCGCUCUGCUCCACCUGUCGCUCUGCUCCACCUGUCGC